CUUCAAAUGCGACGGAAGCAAGAGGAGCAGGUUGCUGAACUUCUUGCGGAAUUGGAGCCUCCAGUGUCGUUCAGUAAAGUGCCGGUGAAGGAGAUUCCAGCUCCCGAGGUGUCUGAAAAGCCAAGUAUCCUCCGCUACCAGGCUGACGUAAGUGGAUUUCAACUGUUUUGCGAGCGCUAG